UCUUCGUCGUGUUCAAUUUAGGUUGACGUGAUAUUCGCCGAAAUCCUUCGAACGACACGCGGCUCUUCAUCUUUCGCGAUUAGCGUCUGAUUCCAGACCGUCGUUUUGCCUGUCGAGAAGAACUCUGAACAUCUAGCACAAUGGUGAACUUCACGGUCGACGAAAUUCGCGUGAUGAUGGAUAGGAAGAAGAACAUCCGAAACAUGUCCGUAAUUGCCCAUGUGGAUCACGGUAAAUCUACCCUCACGGACUCUCUAGUCUCGAAGGCGGGUAUCAUCGCCGCAUCUAAGGCAGGAGAGGCGCGAUUCACGGACACACGUAAGGAUGAACAGGAACGUUGCAUCACCAUCAAGUCAACUGCCAUUUCCAUGUACUUCGAGUUGGCAGAAAAGGAUUUGGCUCACAUCACGGGCGCAGAUCAACGUGACAAGGAAACAACAGGUUUUUUGAUCAAUUUGAUCGAUUCACCCGGCCACGUUGACUUUUCAUCCGAAGUUACCGCUGCACUGCGUGUCACGGAUGGAGCCCUCGUUGUUGUGGAUUGCGUUUCCGGAGUAUGCGUGCAGACCGAAACUGUGCUCCGUCAAGCUAUUGGUGAAAGGAUCAAGCCGGUACUUUUCAUGAACAAGAUGGACCGUGCUUUGCUUGAGCUGCAAUUGGAUCAAGAAGAACUUUACCAAACCUUUCAACGUAUUGUGGAGAACGUCAACGUUAUCAUUGCCACCUAUGGUGAUGACUCUGGGCCGAUGGGUGUGAUUUCGGUGGAUCCCAGUAAAGGCAGUGUUGGAUUUGGUAGCGGCCUCCACGGUUGGGCCUUCACACUGAAACAGUUCGCCGAGAUGUACGCGGAGAAGUUCAAGAUCGAUGUCGGAAAGCUCAUGUCUAAACUUUGGGGAGAAAACUUCUUCAAUGCGAAGACGAAGAAGUGGGCCAAGCAAAAGGACGCCGACAACCAACGCUCCUUCUGCAUGUAUAUCCUGGAUCCCAUUUUCAAGAUUUUUGAUGCCAUCAUGAAGUACAAGAAGGAAGAUACCGAGAAACUUCUGGAGAAAUUGAACAUCACGUUGAAGGGAGACGACAAGGACAAAGAUGGCAAACAGUUAUUGAAGGUCGUGAUGAGGACAUGGCUUCCGGCUGGAGAUGCCUUGCUUCAGAUGAUAGCCAUUCACCUUCCGUCUCCAGUGACUGCGCAGAGAUACCGUAUGGAAACACUGUACGAGGGUCCCCAUGACGACGAGGCCGCAAUGGCCAUCAAGAAUUGCGAUGCUGAAGGACCACUCAUGAUGUACAUCUCCAAGAUGGUACCGACAUCCGACAAGGGCCGUUUCUACGCAUUCGGUCGUGUUUUCUCUGGAAAGGUUUCCACUGGCCUGAAGUGCCGGAUCAUGGGGCCGAACUACACUCCUGGCAAGAAGGAAGAUUUGUAUGAGAAGUCCAUCCAACGAACCAUCCUCAUGAUGGGUCGCUUCGUCGAAGCCAUUACCGACGUACCCGCAGGUAACAUCUGUGGUUUGGUUGGCGUGGAUCAGUUCUUGGUGAAGACGGGAACUAUCUCAACAUUCAAGGAUGCGCACAACUUGAAGGUGAUGAAGUUCAGCGUUUCACCGGUCGUGCGUGUUGCCGUCGAGGCCAAGAACCCGGCUGACUUACCCAAGCUUGUUGAAGGAUUGAAGCGUUUGGCCAAGUCCGAUCCUAUGGUCCAGUGCAUCAUUGAAGAAUCUGGCGAGCACAUCAUCGCUGGAGCUGGAGAACUCCAUUUGGAAAUUUGCUUGAAGGAUUUGGAAGAAGACCACGCCUGCAUUCCGAUCAAGAAGAGUGACCCUGUUGUGUCCUACAGAGAAACAGUCAGCGAAGAGUCAGAUCAGAUGUGCUUAUCGAAAUCACCGAACAAACACAACCGACUCUUCAUGAGAGCCGUUCCGAUGCCCGACGGGCUUGCCGAAGAUAUCGACGAUGGUAAAGUGAAUCCUAGGGACGAAGUGAAAACUCGUGCUCGCUACUUGAGCGAAAAGUUUGAGUACGAUGCGACGGAAGCUCGUAAAAUCUGGUGUUUCGGUCCUGAUGGCACUGGCCCGAACAUCUUGGUCGACUGCACCAAGGGAGUGCAAUAUUUGAACGAAAUCAAGGAUUCCGUCGUGGCUGGAUUCCAGUGGGCCUCGAAAGAAGGUGUUUUGGCCGAGGAAAACAUGCGAGCAGUUCGUUUCAACAUCUACGAUGUGACACUCCAUGCCGACGCAAUUCACCGUGGUGGCGGUCAGAUCAUCCCAACUGCACGUCGUGUGCUUUACGCCUGUGUGUUGACAGCGAAACCAAGAUUGAUGGAGCCGGUCUACUUGUGCGAGAUUCAGUGCCCUGAGCAAGCUGUUGGUGGAAUCUACGGAGUGCUGAAUCGUAGACGUGGACACGUUUUCGAAGAAAGUCAAGUCGCUGGCACACCGAUGUUUGUCGUGAAGGCGUACUUGCCUGUCAAUGAGUCCUUCGGUUUCACGGCCGAUUUGCGUAGCAACACUGGUGGACAAGCGUUCCCGCAGUGCGUCUUUGACCACUGGCAGGUGUUCCCGGGAGACCCAUUGCAAGCUGGCAGCAAGAUUUACGACGCAGUCCAGGAUAUUCGUAAGCGCAAGGGAAUGAAGGAAGGUUUGCCAGACCUGACAUCUUAUUUGGACAAAUUGUGAAACAUCUUCGGGGGAAAAAGGAAUGCAAAACUUGCGUAAUGAACCUCACUGUUACGCAAGAAAAUUCUUUAAAAUAUGUUGAGGGACAGAAAUGAACCAAGUGAGGAAUGAAA